UAUCAGAAUGAGUCUACGGAAACAAACCCCUAGUGACUUUUUGAAGCAGAUUAUUGGACGACCUGUUGUGGUGAAACUUAAUUCUGGAGUUGAUUACCGAGGGGUGUUGGCGUGCUUAGAUGGGUACAUGAACAUUGCUUUAGAACAGACAGAAGAAUAUGUAAAUGGACAGCUGAAGAACAAAUAUGGAGAUGCGUUUAUCCGUGGAAAUAAUGUUUUAUAUAUAAGCACACAGAAGAGAAGAAUGUAAAUUUGGAUUUGUUUGUUUAGUUUAUAUGACAAACCCAGCUGUCCGGGACAUGGAAGAGGAGCUUCC